AUGUCUUUUGCUUUGGACCACGAUUACUGCAAAGUUAUGCCUUUUGAGGAAGACUUCCACGGUGAUUUUCCGCCUAAGCCGGUAGAUGAAGACGAAGCUAAAAUGGCGCCCGAGAAAGAGUUGCCGAUCGACGAGGAAAUAGACGUUUGUGGUGAACCAGCCUACAGUGAUGAAAUAUCGACUUCGUUGUCUCCUGCCCACAGUCUGGACAGUGGGGUGGAUGCUGGUAUGGAAGAUUUCUUGGCGGAUUUUCCUUCCACUUGGAAGGACGAGCUGGAGGAUUUCAGUUUAAACGACGAAGACCUCCUUGAUUUGGAAGCUCUUUUAAGGGAGAACAUCCCCGCAAUGGAACCUCCAGCUGGAAAAGAAACAAUAAAUGCGAGCUAUGGGACUCUCUCGGUGCUUAAUCCUACCACAAAAGCGAAUGUACAAACGGCUUUGCCAAAAGGCAAGAAACUGUUGCCGUCUGAAGAGGAGCAAGCCAUCAUCGAAAAAAACAAGAAGAAUGCCAUUGCAGCAAGGGAGAACCGACAGAAGAAGAAAAAAUACGUAGAAGGACUUGAGAAUAAUGUUAAAAAGUUACAAGAGGAUAACAGGACAUUGAAAACUCGAAACGAAAGAAUGACCACCAUGAUCAGAAAGCUUUCAGAUGAGGUGAAAUAUCUUCGCAGUGUGCUUGCCAAUGAGAGUACGAUUUCACUCUUGAUAAAGAGCGUUGCAGCCACACCUGGAAUUUCCUUGACAUCGUCACUUAUGCAGUCAUCUCAGAGUGAAGAAGAGGGAACAGCAAGCAAGACUUGUGAAGGGAAAAAGUACAGCACCAGAAGCAGGAAACGGCAUGCUAGCGAGGUGGUGGAAGUGACACCCAGCAAGAGAACCCGUAAUUCUACCAACCCUGGUGGUGUCUGCCUCCAUGUGAGCCAUGGCAAAGUGUCACUGGAGUUCUGUGCAAAGUGUCAGAUGAUAGCUUCAAAAAGCGGAGUGCAGUAAAUAUGAAAACAAAAUGUCGGUAUCACAGGCCAAGUAUAAUACUUAUACUUAAAAGUGGAGUCAAACUGCAUUGCCGAUGCCAUGGAACAUCACUUAUGUACAGGGAAUGA